AUGGUUCGCGUUACUUUGCUCAACCUAGCAGCCAUUGCUGCGCUGCUCCUCGGCGCCGAAGCCGGCCCCUGCAAGCCAAAGCCGACCACUACGACAGGCGUUGCCGAGACCACAUCGACGCUCCCUGUUGAUACUUCGGCUACGUCAAUCGCUUCGACUACCGUCAUUACCACGGCCGAUACUACGACUACAAUCCCAGAGGAGACUACUACAACGGCCCUGGCAGAUACUACGACUACAGACGAGGCAGAAUCCACCACGACGACUGAAGCAGGAUCUACUACUAUCACGGAAGCAGAAUCCAGCACUACAGCCUUGGUAGAUACUACUACUACAGCCCAGGCGGAAUCUACCACCACUACUGCAGCGGCAGGCUGUGUUGAAUCUCAGCUCUUCGUCAACCCAAAUUUCGACGACAGUUCCAGCGGUAUUGCGCCCUGGAUCAGCAACGCCGCCCUCACCCAAAACCAACCCCAAUCUGGCACUAAUGCGCUCGCCGCGACUUUCAGCAACGGCCAACCAGAUUACUCCAUCAAGCAGACUCUCCAGAAUCUGAGCGGCAAAUAUAAAUUUUCCUACUAUUAUCGAGUCGUCAGUAUCAGCCAAGGUGCCGAUUACACUUGCAACAUUCAGCUUACGGCCGGGUCUGUAAGUUCUUAUGGCGAGAUGUACGACAGCGUCGGUGGCUGGAGGACGGCCAACGUUGUCUUGGAUAUGGGUGAUGCUACUAUCGCACAGGCAGAUGUGGAGUUCGGUUUAUCCUGUUAUGGAGAAUUCACUAGAAUUGAGGUUGACGUUGAUACUUUUGCGUUUACGCGAGUUUGCGCUGAGUAG